AAUUAUAUAAUCAAAAGGGGAAACUAUAGAUUUGACUAGAGACCAUGGCAGUUAUUGUCAUACUCCUGCUGCUCUCAGUUCUAAAUAGAGCCGAGGCGUCUCACAUCGUUAAUGGCAGAGAUGCUGCCCCACACUCACGACCCUACAUGGCCUCGCUGCAAGUUCGAGGUCGCCAUAACUGUGGAGGAGUUCUGGUGAGAGAAGACUUCGUACUCACAGCAGCACAUUGUGAGCUACGGAGCCCGUACACUGUUGUGCUCGGAGCUGACUCCCUCUCAGGUAAUGAGGAUACAAAGCAGGAAUUCCGAUCUGUUCGAUCCAUUCCACACCCCAACUAUGAUAACCAUGCAAAUGACAUCAUGCUCCUACAGCUCAACGGCAGGGCUAACCUGACAGAAGCAGUGCAGCUGAUCUCUCUGAAAAGUGACAGGGUGAACACAGCGAGUCGCUGCAUCACAGCAGGCUGGGGUGACAUAGGAGAUAACAACACCUUACCACGUACACUUCAGGAAGUCAACGUAACCACUCUGCCUCAGCGAAUGUGUCGUCGGAGAUGGGGAAGGGUUCCCAUAGCUAGAUCAAUGGUUUGCGGUGUUGGGUCAAGGGCCUUUCAAGGUUUCUGCUCGGGGGAUUCAGGUGGUCCUUUGGUGUGUGAUGGAGCUGCAGCAGGUGUCGUCUCCUUCUCUGGGCGGCGAUGUGGAAACCCCAGGACGCCUGAUGUCUACACACGUGUUUCAACCUUCAGGGAAUGGAUUCAAAGUGUGAUGAAUAACCCGCUAGUAAUAUCAGUUUGACAAUGCAAUGCUGUGACUGUUGAGGUUAAAAGACAAAGGCCCUGUUUAUUUUGAUGGCACAGUAUGCAUUUAAAAUGUGCAUAACUGUAAUGCACACAUUUUGGUCUGUGAAAAUACGUAACAUGUAUUAACAUGACCUUAACUGGUUAAAAAAUAAGUCAGCUUUUGAGGAAAAAAAUAUUUUAGCGUUCAAAAUUUUGUUCUUUUCGACACUAAGAGCCAUUGCAAAGUUAUUAUGAAGGAAUCGACAGGUGAAUAUGACUUAAAGCCUGUGUCACUAACAAGUUUGUUUUCAAAGCCCAUCAUGCUACUCAUGUGAGCCUUUACUUGUGCUACUGGUUUUGUACAUUAAGUAGUAAAUAAAUGACCUAAAGAUGCUCAUUAAA